AUGCGUUGUGAACUUAUGUCAACUCGACUUUAUAUUAUACUUUUAAUUAUUUCUAUAAGUAUUAUUAUAUUCUAUACAGUUUUUUCCACGACAAUGAUACACAAAACUAUUCAGUUACCUUCACAAGAACAAUACGAAGAAUUAGAAAAACAAUAUUCAACAACGUUAAAAUGUUCAUGUACAAAUAUUUCAAUUUCAUAUGGAGAUUUUUUUCAAAUUAGUCCUGUCUAUCAUCAAAUAUGUUCAAGUGAUUUUAUAAAACCUUGGUGGUAUAAACAACUUGUUACUUCAAAACCUAGCAAUCUAUUCAAUGCUUUUCGUUCAACUGCAUCAUCGCACUUUCAAAUGUUAGCUACAUUAUGUGAAUUAGCUAAUUUGACUGUUAUUGAUGCUACUAGACGUUUCUUUUCAACAUAUUUUAUCAAUAGUGAAGUUCCAUCAAGUGAUUUAUUUGCUUCCCAAACACAAGCAAUUCUCAAUACAUUUAUUAGUUCGACACAAGACGAAUUUAUCUAUAUUCCAUCAAUGGUUCGUACAGCACUUCAUGCAAAUCAAUAUGUAAGUUUUGAAAACACAAAUAGUGAAAUUAUUGCAUGGGAUUCUCGCAGAUAUGGAAUAUCAUCUGAAAAUCCAUUACAACUUUUCCCAUUUAGUAAGAUCAUUACUCUAGACGAUAAUAAAACAUGUAUUUGUGCUCGAAAUUCUUCAUGUACGACUCUAGCAACUCUCAAUAAUCUUCCGACAAUUUAUGGAUUACGUACAGGUUGCUUUAUAAUUGAUUCUGUUUUUCAAUCUUCACUUGCUUGUUGGUAUAAUAGUAGCUGCUGGAAAGACAUUCUAGAAGAUUUUCAUUAUGGUGGUGCUAUGAUUCCGAAUAAUAUGAAUUUACUCGAUACUACACAAAUCAGUAAAUUUCCACCAAAUACUGCCAUAGAGAUAAUUGUUCGAAACAUAAUGAUUGAACAAUGGAACACAUCAGUAUCUUAUAAUAACUUUUAUCAGAAGUGUCAUCCUGCAUAUUGCUUGUAUAAUUACCAAGAAAAAACGAAUGCUGUAUUUUUGCUUGCUACAAUCAUUGGACUUAUUGGUGGUCUUAACGUCAUUCUAAGAUUGAUUAGUCCAUUGAUUAUCAAUAUGUUUUUUAAGAAUACCAAUAUAAUCGCACCAGAUAAUCUCCCACAAGCAUGGACUACUCACAAAAUAACUAAUCGUAAGUCAAAAUAA